AUGCGGACGGGGGGCGACCAGCAGGCGCAGCCGGGCUGCCCGUGGGCGGUGCAUUCUCUGCCCAUCAAGACGACGUUCCGUGGCACGACCGACGUUGUGGAGAACUUCUCGCGGCACAUUGUGCGCACGGAGGGCGGGGAGCUGCGCAAUCGGCUGCGCGGCCGCACACUCAUUGGCCGAGAAGUCGUUUUGCCGCCGUCGUACGUUCUUGCGUGCACGAGCUUUGUUCCGCGGCCGCAGCAGCAGCCGCAGGCGACAGAGGCUGCUGGGCGUCUGGCCUCCUCGCCGCCGCCGCUGGCGCAGCUGGAGGCGGCGGCUGCGGAUGUCCGCGUCACCGCCACCGCGGACAGCUUUUGUAUGUGGGAGCACGACAAACGGCCCGAGCGUGUGGAGGCGCUGGGGCAGUGGCUAGAGCUUUCCUAUGCCAUACACUGCGCCCCGUAA